AUGCGUCACUUCAUCUGUCAGCCGCUGAUCAUGGCGGAGCUACAGCUUCAGCAAGAAGUGGAGCCUCAACUUCUCAACGGGGACGAUGGUACUGAGGAGAGGGAGGACGCGGACGCCUCGGAGUCUGUGAAGAAAAAGAGAAGAAAGAAGAAGAGGAAUAAGACCGCAGCACUAGCAGGGACAAAUGAGGCUGAGCGGGAUGGAGAAGCCGGAGGUCUUGGUGAUGUGACAAAACAGCUGGAGCAGCAAACACUGGACGACAAAGAGAGGGAGGAGGACGGAGAAGAAGAUGGGGAUGAGGGUGAGAGCUCAACCGUGAAAAAGAAGAAAAAGAAGAAAAAGAAGAAAGGAUUGAAGGGACAGACUGACCCUCCCUCAGUCCCUAUUUGUGAGCUCUAUCCCAGCGGAGACUUUCCAAAGGGAGAGGAGUGUGAAUAUCCACCAUCAAAAGACGGGCGGAGUGCAGCAUGGCGGACCACCAGUGAAGAAAAGCGUGCGCUGGACUGGGCCAAUGAAGAGAUGUGGAGUGAUUUCAGGCAGGCGGCUGAAGCCCACCGGCAGGUCCGCUCCUACGUCAGGAGCUGGAUCAAACCAGGGAUGACAAUGAUUGACAUCUGUGAGAAGCUGGAGGACUGCUCCCGGAGGCUCAUUAAAGAGAAUGGCCUAAAGGCAGGCCUGGCCUUCCCCACCGGCUGCUCCAUCAACCAUUGUGCUGCCCACUACACCCCAAACGCUGGAGACCCUACCGUGCUGCGUUACGAUGACGUCUGUAAGAUUGACUUUGGAACACACAUCAAUGGUCGAAUAAUAGACUGUGCCUUCACCGUCACAUUCAACCCAAAGUAUGACAGGCUUCUGGAGGCUGUGAGGGAUGCAACGAACACUGGCAUCAGGUUUGCAGGAAUAGAUGUGCGUUUGUGUGAUGUUGGUGAGACCAUUCAGGAGGUCAUGGAGUCUUAUGAAGUGGAGAUAGAUGGGAAGACAUAUCAAGUUAAGCCAAUCAGGAAUCUUAAUGGCCAUUCUAUUGGGCCGUACAGGAUACACUCAGGGAAGACGGUCCCUAUUGUAAAAGGAGGAGAAGCCACAAGGAUGGAGGAAGGUGAAGCAUACGCCAUCGAGACAUUUGGCAGCACAGGAAGAGGUGCAGUCCACGAUGACAUGGAGUGCUCACAUUACAUGAAAAACUUUAACGUUGGACAUGUACCAAUAAGACUUCCAAGGGCUAAACAUCUACUGAAUGUGAUCAAUGAGAACUUUGGGACCUUGGCAUUCUGCCGCCGCUGGCUGGAUCGUCUGGGUGAGAGCAAGUACCUGAUGGCUCUGAAGAACCUGUGCGACCUUGGAAUCAUAGACCCAUACCCACCUCUCUGCGAUAUCAAGGGCAGCUAUACCGCCCAGUAUGAGCACACUAUUCUACUCAGGCCCACCUACAAGGAGGUGGUGAGCCGGGGAGACGACUACUAAGCAUGCAGCAAAACUCAAACCUGGAGCAUGGCGGCUCAGAGACAACAAACAUCCUCAAACUGGGGCCAUUAUGCAAUUUCUCUGAAGUAAAUUUUCUCUGCUUAAUUUUUCAGUGAUGGUUUGAUCAAGAGCAAAGACUGGUGUCACGGCAAUAGCUUAUUAUGAGUAUUUUAAUUUUCAAAAAAUUCUAGGACUACAACAAACAAUCUGAUGACUAUUUUCUCAAUUACACAAUUAACUAGUUUAUAAAAUAUCAGAAUGCAGUGAAAGAGUGUUUCCAAAAGCUCAAAAUGUGUUCGUUUCACCCCACAAUGAUUUUCAUUGUACUGUCACAAACAAGGAAAGAAACAAGAAAAUAGUUACAUUUUAGAACAUGGAAACAAGAGAAAAGCUCAUCAAAAUAUUUGUCAGUUGAUAUUAAAGUUGAUUAAUUGAUUAAUUGUUGCCAACUGGUAAAGGGCAUAUCUUUAAGAAGCAUAGCAUUGUAAUUUGAGUUAUAUUUUGAUGUGCUGCUUUUAGAAAAUAUGCAAAAGGUAUUAUAUGCAAAAAAAAAUGAUGCAAAAAAGGCUACGGUGAACACCUUGCCUCAAACUGCUGUGCUUUAUCGCCUUGUUAAGACCUUGUGAGGAAAAAAAACUGCUAUGAAAUAUUUAUAUUUAUAUAUUUGUUUGCUCUAUUUUAAUUUAAUGCAGUUUUAUAAGAAAUAAAUUGUUAUAAAUCUU